AUGGUGGCACCUAGUAGUGGGUUCGAGGCGUCACAUUACGCUUCCUUAAAGCACCACCAGAAGUCUUCUAUGACUCUGGUUAACAUCAAGCAAAACCAAUGUGAGUCCCUAAGGGAUUUCGUGGCUAGGUUUAAUGAAGAGGCAUUGAGCAUUGACAAGUUUGAUCAACGAAUUGCAAUGGUGGCUUUCAAGAAUGGCUUGAGGGUUGGGUCAUUCGCUCAGUCCUUGGCCAAGACUUCACCUGGUACCUUCACAGAAGUCCUUGCCCGGGCCAACAAGUACAUCAACGCUGACGAGAUGAUGAAGGUAAAGCGGGCUGAACAACUUGACAGGAAGGAAAGAGAAAAAGAGAAGAAAAAGCCAAUGGUGGAAUAUAAGAUGGACUAUCACCCCUCUCGAACCCAAGAUCGCCUGGGUUUUGGGGGUGCCCGUGGCAACCCGAUGAAUUAUAUUCCCAUCAAUGCUAGUCGAGCAGAGAUUCUACUGGCAUUAGAGGAUAAGAAUUAUUUGUGGCAUCCUCCCCCGCUGAGGUCUCCACCCAACACUCGAAGCAAAAAUAAGUAUUGCCGAUUCCAUCGUGACCACGGCCAUGAUACAGAGGACUGCAUCCAGUUAAAAGAAGAGAUUCAAGAGCUUAUAAACCGGGGUUACCUCCGAGAUUUUGUUGGCCAAGAAGGCAUGAGUUCGGGUAGAGUUGAUUCCAAGUCAAAGAAUAGGAAAAGGUCUCCUACUCGUGAUUGCUUCCGAGAGCGAAGUCGAACACUGCCCUAG